AUGGUUCUUAUCUCUCCAUGUGCAAAAAUUCCCAUUUGCACUACACCACUCCACGAAAAGCUUCUCACCGCAAUCCAACGGAAUAUCGACAGAAAUCCGGAUCAAGCAGCUUUUAUCAGUGCUGAAGAUCCGACAGUUCAGAUCACGUUCACGGAGAUCUACAACCAAGCAUACGCUGUAGCUAGUUUUCUCUCAAGCAGAGGCUAUGGACAUCUGGAUGUGAGCUGUCAGGUGAUGCCGAACUGUAUCGAAUACGCGGUGUUCUACCUUGGAGCAUUGCUAUGCGGUGGCGCUAUGUCUGGAGCGAGUGCGAUGUUUACGGAUUAUGAACUAGAGCGCCAGUUUGUUGACUCGGUCUGCAAGGUGGUUAUCACCGACGAGACACAUCUGGACAAAGUCCUCUUGGCAACGAAAAGAUGCUCAGAAGUGAAAACGAUCAUCUGCGUUCGAUGUCCGAAAUCAACUGUUGCACUUCCAGACGAUGUCGUGUGUUGGGAUGAUGUUAUCAAAACACCUGUGACAACAAUUCCUAAGUACACUUUCAGCCCGGAUGAUGCGGCAGUGUUACCGUACUCUAGCGGUACUACUGGUUCGCCGAAAGGUGUGAUGCUUACCCAUAAAAACUUCUCAACCAUGUUGGAUAUUAUAGAAAGUCAUUUUGAAGAACACAUUGUCACUAAACUCAGUGACUCCGAUUGGAACUAUCACAACGAGAAAGUGCUUCUGAUGUUGCCUUUCUAUCAUAUUUUUGGAUUUGGUCUCUUCAAUCAUACGCUUCUCAAAGGAGCAACUGGAAUAAUUUUCGCUAAAUUCGAAUCCAGAAGGUUCUUGGAUGCGAUUCAAACAUAUCAACCUAAACUACUCAUGUUGGUGCCACCAAUACUCAGCUUCCUAACAAAACACCCUAUGGCCGCUAACUACAACCUGUCCUCGCUUCGUAUCGUCCUCAGUGGAGCAGCGCCAGCUGGGAAAGAUCUCUGUGACGAUUUUCUCAACAAAUAUAAGAACGUGCGGUAUUUGGGACAAGGAGAUAUUGGGUUUGUUGAUGAGAAGGGUCAAACUUUUAUAGUGGAUCGUCUGAAAGAGCUGAUAAAAGUGAAAGGACUGCAGGUUGCUCCGGCCGAACUUGAGGAUAUCCUUUUGUCACAUAAAGAGAUCCAAGACGCGGCUGUGAUUGGAGUUCCAGAUGAGAAAACUGGCGAGAAACCGAGAGCAUACGUGGUUAAAGCUAAUAAAAAUCUCACAGAAUCGGAUGUAAAGGAUUUUAUUGAAGCGAAGGUAUCAUCGUACAAGUUCCUCACCGGCGGCGUUGUCUUUGUCGAAGAAAUCCCCAAAUCGCCAUCUGGGAAGAUUCUUCGUCGAUUCCUACGAGAGCAAGCCGGAUAA